UAAACAGCAAAGAUGCAAAGCUUCAAAAUACUAAGUCCUUUUUUUAACAAGCACCGUCGUUUUGCCUCGUUUACCAGAAGCCUGUGCUCACUCAACAGCUCUAGCCAUUAUGACAACUUGAUAUUAAUCGAAGAGAAAGGUAGUUCACGAACUGUUAUACUUAACAGACCUCAUGUCCUGAAUGCUCUUACUACUCCAAUGGGAAUUUUUCUUAAUAAAUUAUACAAAUCCUGGGAAAGGGACCCUACAGUUGAUCUUGUUGUAAUCAAGGGAAACGGCAGGGCGUUCUGUUCUGGGGGAGAUGUCGUCCAGCUAUAUCAAUUAAUAAAUGAAGGGAGAGUGGAAGAAUGUAAAGAAUGUUUCAGGACAUUUUACAGUUUCGUGUACCUUUUAGGCACAUAUUUAAAGCCGCAGGUGGCUAUCUUGGAUGGCAUUACAAUGGGAGGAGGUGCAGGGAUUUCUGUUCAUGGUUCAUACCGUGUUGCGACAGAUAAGACUGUAUUUGGUGUUCCUGAAGUUCUAAUUGGUUUCCAUCCCGAUGCUGGGGCUUCUUAUUAUCUCUCACGCCUGCCAGGUUAUUUAGGAGAAUAUCUGGCUCUAACCGGCGAUACACUUACUGGAGAAGAAAUGUUUGCUUGUGGACUUGCAACUCACUAUUCACUGAGCACAAAGCUUCCUGUAAUUGAAACGCAACUCAGUACAUCAGCUAGGAAGGACUUUUCUGUUGUGGAAACUUUUCUGGCUAGAUAUAGUCAUCCCAGAUCUCCAAAUUCAAGUAGUGUUCUUCACAGGAUGGAGAUGCUAAACAAAUGUUUUGGCCAUGGCACGGUUGAGGAAAUUAUUGCUGCUUUGGAGGUUGAAGCGGCUAGAUCAAAAGACAAAUGGUGUAUUUCAACCAUGAAGAAACUAAGAGCGGCUCCACCUUUGAGCUUGAAGGUUUCCUUAAGAUCUGUAAGAGAAGGCAGAUUCCAAACUCUGGAGCAAUGUCUUGCCCGGGAGUAUCAGAUGACACUUCAAGCUAUCACUAGACAGAUCUCUAAUGACUUCUCUGAGGGAGUUCGGGCACGAUUAGUGGAUAAAUGCUUUGCACCAAAGUGGGAUCCAUCCUGUAUGGAGAAAGUGUCUGAAGAUAUGGUUGACGCAUACUUUUCUGCCCUUAGCGCGUAUGAGCCUGAACUAGAGUUUGUAUGUGAACUUCCGAGAAGCUAGCCUGACUCGUUAGGCAUGUAUCAUGUCUUAGCUGCAGUCAAGUUGGGCAGAGACAGGACAUUUAAUUCCAAUAAUGCAACUAUUACCUGUUUGAUCAGCGGAUCUGGAUAUGUGCCUCAAUUUUUCUGAGUUAAGUUCCUCAGGCCAUUAAAAUAAAAAUUUUGAAAGUUCAUUAAUUAUUAAAGAAGCAUCUGCAGAAAUCAUUUAGUCCACUUCCAAAACCAGAUGGAAGUACCACUUUAAUUCCAGAUUGGAGCUUGAUGUAACAUAUACAUGGGCACUAUGUUGUUAUAUAUAUAUACACAUAUAUACAUACAUAAUACCCGAAACUUAACUGAGACCGUUAAGCUAUAUAUACAUGGUCCUUGGUUCUGGGUUCUGAAAGAAAACUGUAUUUGAUCCAAGUCCCAUACGGAAACGGGGAGAAUAACUUUAUAUCACAUCUUUUGUCUUUCCUAUA